ACAUUACUCUAUUCCUUCUUCUCAGAAGAGAAGCUCAUCAGUUACCAGCUUCAGAAAAACCAUGGACGGCGGUGAUGAAAACCGAGCCUUAACCAGCACCCGCUUCUCCGAUCUCCAACCUCCCCUCUCUGCACCUGUUAUCGAGGCGUUAGCCCAAUCUGGUUUUCAAUUCUGUACUCCAGUUCAAGCCGCCACAAUUCCGUUACUGUGCAGCCACAAGGACGUCGCCGUCGAUGCCGCCACUGGUUCGGGAAAAACCCUAGCGUUUGUAGUUCCGGUUGUCGAAAUACUCCGCCGAUGUUCCAGUCGCCCCAAACCUCACCAGGUAAUGGGGAUUAUAAUUGCGCCGACGAGGGAGCUAUCCUCACAAAUUUAUGAGGUUGCUCGUCCUUUUGUUUCUACAUUGUUGAAUUUCAAAGCGGUGCUUCUCGUUGGAGGAGCCGAUGUAAAAGUAGACAUGAAGGAGAUAGAAGAAGAAGGUGCAAACUUGUUGAUUGGAACUCCAGGAAGGCUAUUUGAUAUAAUGGAUCGUAUGGAGAACUUGGAUUUCCGGAACUUUGAGGUUCUGAUAUUGGAUGAGGCAGAUAGACUCCUAGACAUGGGAUUCCAAAAGCAGAUAACAUCAAUUAUAUCUCGGUUGCCUAAACUUCGUAGGACAGGUCUUUUUUCGGCUACACAAACUGAGGCAGUUGAAGAGCUUUCAAAAGCAGGGCCAAGAAAUCCUAUCAGGGUCGAAGUAAAGGCGGAAACAAAGACUGGUCCAUUGUCAUCAACACAACUUGCCUCUUCGAAAACCCCAUCCAGUCUUCAUAUUGAGUAUUUGGAAUGUGAAGCAGACAAGAAGUCCACCCAACUUGUCGACAUUCUUGUUAAGAACAAAUCCAAAAAAAUCAUAGUCUACUUCAUGACUUGUGCAUGUGUUGACUAUUGGGGAGUUGUUCUACCGCAGCUUACCGUUUUGAAAGGUUUAUCAUUGAUCCCUCUGCAUGGAAAAAUGAAACAGACUGCCAGGGAGAAAGCACUUGCCUCAUUUGUAUCCCUUUCAAGUGGUGUUCUUCUAUGUACGGAUGUUGCAGCCCGCGGACUCGACAUUCCUGGCGUUGAUUGUAUAGUUCAGUAUGAUCCUCCUCAAGAUCCUAAUGUCUUUGUACAUAGAGUUGGUCGGACUGCUCGAUUGGGUAGAGAAGGAAAUGCCAUUGUUUUUCUUUUGCCGAAGGAAGAAGCUUAUGUAGAAUUUCUUUCCAUAAGAAGGGUACCUAUACAGGAGAGAGUUUGCUGUAGUGAUGCCUCAGAUAUAGUUCCACAGAUACGAACAGCAGCAAAAAAGGAUCGUGAUGUCAUGGAGAAGGGAGUCAAGGCAUUUGUUUCUUUUAUACGUGCAUAUAAAGAGCACCACUGCUCUUUCAUUUUCAGGUGGAAAGAACUUGAAAUAGGGAAGUUAGCCAUGGGCUAUGGUCUGUUGCAGCUGCCUUUGAUGCCUGAGGUAAAGCACCACUCGCUUUCGACUGAGGGUUUUGUUCCCGUUGAAGAUAUUAACUUUGAGGAGGUUAAAUACAAGGAUAAAUCUCGGGAAAAACAACGAAAGAAAAACCUCCAAGCUAAGAAGGAAGCACAAAAGCAACUGCCAAAACCCAAACCAAAGAAUACUCCGAAUGUUGCACCUCCCAUCUUGAGAAAGAAAACAGCCCGACAGAGACGUGCUACGCAGACAGCUGAAGAUGAGGAUGAGUUGGCACGCGAAUAUCGACUGUUGAAAAAACUCAAAAAGGGAACCAUCGAUGAAACCGAAUAUGCGAAGCUAACUGGGACUGAGGAGCUACUGUGAAAUGCAUGAGUAAAUGAUAAGAUGUUGCAAACUCUCGAAGAAACUUACGAUAUCGCAAGAUUCUCUAGCAUUGGAGAAGAUUGAUAUAUUUCUUUAACCAAAGAAAAUUUACAACUUUCUAGAGAUCUUAUGCUGCUGGAAAAGAGACCAGCACUUCAAUGGGAAUCUUUGGAGUUCCUUCCUUUGGAGGGAGCUUGUGUUUUGAAGCUUUCGUUUCGGGUGGAACAGGUAUUGCUUGACUGAUGGACCAUCUACUGCCAUUCUUAAGAUAUAUUUUCUCUUGUAAUUUGUAUAUUAUAUAGCUAGUAAACAUUUGUAGUGUUUUUUACUUUGUAAAUUAUGCCCUUUCCCAGGCUUUUUCAUUAUUCAUACAGCUUUUAAUUGGUCAUA